GGCCCAGCUUUGUGGACCCGGGAGCCCAGGACGCAGGCGGGGCUUGUGCUUCGCGGGGGCAGGCGUAGGGUGGGCCUCCUCCCGCCUCUACUCUCGCGGUUUGCUGCUCAGUCUCCUUUCUUUGCUGAUUUUAUGCCUUUCUUUUUUUGAGACGGAGUCUCGCUCUGUCGCCCUGGCUGGAGUGCGGUGGCGCGAUCUCGGCUCACUGCAAGCUCCGCCCCCCGGGUUCACGCUUUUAUCUCUUGUCAUUGGAGCUUUCUGGACCCUGAGCUUGACGGUGCCCUAGGUGCCGUGGAGACACACGCGAGUCUGAUAAGCACCCUGCCCCGGGAUCAUGCGGUGCUGUGAGGCCUAGCGAAGAUGAAGAUAGAAUGCAAGGUAGAAAGUGCUGGAUACCUUUAGAAAGCUGCAGAACUGGUGCGAUGGGAGUUGAGACGUAAGAACCUGCCCGUCCGUAGGGCUCUGGAUGCUGCUGAGGCCCGAGGCCCCCAUGGCACAUUUGAAAACUCACCCUUGUAGAGUCAUUCCUGCCUUUGAGAGGACUCCCUGUUAAGUUUACAGAAGCACUUGCAGAGCUCAUCAGAAGCCACCCUGCUUAUCAGCAGAUUUCAAGAGAGCGUUCAGUGGAGGCCCUGAGUCUGCACAGUUCACCUCCCUGGGAACUGCUCGCCUGAGCAUUGGAGCCGGCGCUGGCCCCCUGCAGCCUAAAGGAGCCCCGGAGGUCCAGGACACAGCAAGGAAAAUUCUUCCAACAAUGGUCUCCCACUCAGAGCUAAGGAAGCUGUUCUACUCAGCAGAUGCUGUAUGUUUUGAUGUUGACAGCACGGUCAUUAGAGAAGAAGGAAUCGAUGAGCUAGCCAAAAUCUGUGGCGUUGAGGACGCGGUGUCAGAAAUGACACGGCGAGCCAUGGGCGGGGCAGUGCCUUUCAAAUCUGCUCUCACAGAGCGCUUAGCCCUCAUCCAGCCCUCCAGGGAGCAGGUGCAGAGACUCAUAGCAGAGCACCCUCCACACCUGACCCCCGGCAUAAGGGAGCUGGUAAGUCGCCUACAGGAGCGAAAUGUUCAGGUUUUCCUAAUAUCUGGUGGCUUUAGGAGUAUUGUAGAGCAUGUUGCUUCAAAGCUCAAUAUCCCAGGAACCAAUGUAUUUGCCAAUAGGCUGAAAUUCUACUUUAACGGUGAAUAUGCAGGUUUUGAUGAGACACAGCCAACAGCUGAAUCUGGUGGAAAAGGAAAAGUGAUUAAACUUUUAAAGGAAAAAUUUCAUUUUAAGAAAAUAAUCAUGAUUGGAGAUGGUGCCACAGACAUGGAAGCCUGUCCUCCUGCUGAUGCUUUCAUUGGAUUUGGAGGAAAUGUGAUCAGGCAACAAGUCAAGGAUAACGCCAAAUGGUAUAUCACUGAUUUUGUGGAGCUGGUGGGAGAGCUGGAGGAAUAACAUCCACUGUCACACAGCUCCGAACACCUUCGGAUGGAUUUUUACAAGUGAUACAGGUUGAUACUGUUUGCUUACAAUUGCCUAUUACCACUUGCUAUAGAAAGUUGGCACAGAUGAUCAAUACUUUAAACUACAGUUAGGACUCCUAGAAGAUUGCUUUUUUUUUUUUUUAACUGUAGUUCCAGUAUUAUAUGAUGACUAUUGAUUUCCUGUAGAGUUUUGUAAUCUGAAUUCUUUCUGUAUAUUCCUAGCUAUAUUUCAUACAAAGUGUUUUAAGGGUGGAGAGUCAAACAAACACCUUUACUCUUAGAAAGAUGGAUUCGGCAGCCUUCGGUGAAUAUUGGUUUCUCUUUGGUAUAUCAAUAAAAGUUUAUCCAUGUGUCAGAA